UCUUACUCUCCUUGCUGUCUGCAACCAACAGACCACAACACAGACUCACAGGCUGUCGUUGUGCUGCGGUUGUCGCAAUGUAUAUCCUCGAGCAACUGGCGCGUCUUCUGGACCGCCCGUUUAUCCCCUGGAAGAAUGUUCUUGUGGGCUUCUCCUUGGGCCAGUUCAUCCUAGAAGGGCUUUUGUCUCUUCGUCAGUACAAAGUAUUGCAGCAAACCAAGCCCCCGAAAGUUCUCGAGGGUGAAGUGUCACAGAAGGUCUACGAUCAGAGCCAGUCCUACGGUCGUGCCAAAGCCAAGUUCGGUCUCGUUGCAGGUCUCUACGGUCAAAUUCAAAACCUUGCGUUCAUCUACGGCGAUGUUCUCCCUAAGCUCUGGGGGGUCAGUGGUCUCCUGUUGGCACGGUAUCUCCCUUCUCGGUUCCAGGGUGAAAUCACGCAAACACUACUAUUUGUCUUUGGGUUCAAUCUGAUUAGCACGGUUCUGUCGCUGCCUGUUUCUUACUACAACACAUUCGUCCUUGAGGAGAAAUUCGGGUUCAACAAGCAGACCGUUAAGCUUUGGGUUACGGACAUGCUCAAGGGCCAGAUGCUAGGCGUUGUGCUGGGAGCUCCCAUCAUCAGUGCGUUGCUUAAGAUCGUCCAGACGACCGGUAACUCCUUCUUCUACUACUUGUGGCUCUUUGGCAUCUUUAUCCAGGUCUUCGCUAUCACCAUCUACCCGAUUGUGAUCCUGCCUUUGUUCAACAAGCUAUCCCCUCUUGAACCAGGCGAGAUCAAGACCGGCGUCGAGAAUCUGGCUAAGAAGCUGAAGUUCCCCCUGCAAGAGCUGCAUGUCAUCGACGGUAGCAAGCGGAGCGCUCACAGCAACGCCUACUUCUACGGACUUCCUUGGAAGAAGCACAUUGUCAUUUACGAUACCCUGAUUGAGAAGAGCGAGCCUGAGGAAGUCGUUGCGGUCUUGAGUCACGAACUUGGUCACUGGAGUCUUAGCCACACCACGAAGCUCUUUGGAAUUGCUCAGUUCCACAUGUUCUAUAUUUUCGCGCUCUUCUCUGCCUUUGUGAACAACAAGUCGCUGUAUCAGUCCUUUGGCUUUUACAAUCAGCAGCCCAUCAUGAUCGGAUUUCUCUUGUUCUCUGACGCGCUUGCCCCGAUGGACGCCGUUGUCAAGCUGCUGAUGAACAUCCUGAGCCGCAAGUUUGAAUUCGAAGCUGAUGCAUUUGCUGUCGGUCUUGGCUAUUCUGAGCAGUUGGCGCAGUCUCUGCUUAAGCUCCAGAUCCAGAACCUGAGCACCAUGGAUGCCGACUGGAUGUACGCUAGCUACCACUACUCCCACCCCAUCCUUUCGGAGCGCCUCAAGGCACUCGACUGGAAGGGUGGAAAGGUUACCGACCUCAAGGAAGAGGACAGCGAGAAGCCGGUCAAGGCUUCUGACCGCGAGCUGUGAAGAUGUGAAUUUAUCGUUUCGUUGUACUGGACUGGUAUGGUGUUCGGGAGGCGGUUGAGGUCACAGUUGGAUAUUGGUUUGGGAAGGCAAUAAUUCGUAGAUGACAUUUCGAUAUUCUAUCAUCAAGUGAAAAAAGCAACCCAUGAUCGGCUUCCAGUAACAUAGCUUCGCCCUGAUACUCCAAUGCAGUAUG